AUGGAGGAUCUGAUAGUAAACUACAAUAAUAUUAUCACAAAGUUCACUGAGUACACAAGCGUGAAGAAGUUCGAAGUCGAUUUGAAACAAAAACAACUCGAAGUAGAGGAGAUUAAGGCAAAAGCUGCAUUGUCCAAAUCUAAAGCUAAGAAUCGUCGCUUGAAGUUGAAGGAGUACGAAAUAUUGAACAAAGACACCUCGGACGAUUUUGUACGAAGAAAAGGGUUGUCACCACUACAAAAAUGCACCGCCGUGAUUCGUCAACUGGCUUACGGAGUCCCUGCCGAUCAUCUUGACGAGUACCUACGUAUGAGUGAAUCAACUGCCAUCAGGUGUCUUUUCAAGUUUUGCGAAUACGUGGUUGAAAUAUUUGGUGAUAAGUACUUGAGAGGGCCAAAUGCUGAUGAUGUUCAACGUCUUCUUCAAAUGCAUGAUGAGAGACAUGACUUCCCUGGCAUGUUAGGUAGCCUUGAUUGUAUGCACUGGAAAUGGAAAAAUUGUCCAGUUGCUUGGAAAGGUCAAUUUACAAGGGGACAUGGGCCAACAACAAUCGUACUUGAAGCAGUCGCGUCUCAUGACUUGUGGAUAUGGCAUGCAUUUUUUGGGGUCUCCGGUUCAUGUAACGAUAUUAACGUGUUAUAUGAAUCAACCAUAUUCAACAACGUCUUGCAAGGAAAUAUGUCGGAGAUUAAUUUCACGAUGAACGACACUACAUAUACGAAGGGCUAUUAUCUAACAGAUGGAAUAUAUCCCGAAUGA